AUAACAUCGAAUUCCACCUUUUUCAGAUAUGUUUUGUGCUUCACCACGGAGCACGGACCACGGGUGCUUCACUGCUUUCACCUUCACCUAUACCUAAUAUUUAUUUGAUAAUAGUGGGGAAAAGCCAACAAAAUGUAGUUAAAUGCUAAACACUUAUAACAGUUUUUUUUGCCAAGUGGAUUAUUGGAUGAUCUUAUCAAUUGUGUUGUAUGUGAAGUGUAUAACAGGUUCGUUUUGAAAUCAGAAUAUUCCCAAGAAUUUAAAAAUGGUGAACAGCAAAACUGGCAUGUUUUGUUUGUAUUUUUAGGUUGUUGUAACUGGAUGUGGUGAGUCAUGGAUGAAAGCAGCGAAUCUUCCAAAACAUCGCCAAAGCCAUUAGCUUUUACAAUAGAUUUCAACAGUCCAAAAAACGUUGAUACCCAAAGACAAAAAGUCUUGGCAGAAAAACUUCAAAAAAGACAUAAACGGGGACAGUCAUUAUCUAAACUCGAUAAUUGCUCUGCAGCACAGCAACAGCACCAUACUUUAAGUGGAAAUGCACCACGGAAAUCCAGUUUCCAGUCCGAAGGCUAUUACUCAUCAGAUGAAAAACAAGACAAAAGUAAAAGCUCCAAAGAUAUGACACUUUGGUUACAACAUGUUAGUAACAAUAUGACUAGGUCAUUAACAGGUGAAAAUCUCGAAACGAUCAAAAGUCCUAAAGAAUUUGAGCUCAAACAUUCAUCUAGUUCUAGCUUUGAAUUGGACAUGUUUUCAUUUAGAACUAAAAAUCCAGGUGAGAGUACUUACAAACAUCAUUUGAGUCAAGAGUAUGAGAAAUUGCAUAUAGAAGACAAUAAUGAAAAAGAUGUAUUUGUUGAAGGUACUGAAUUUGAUUUUGACAAGUCUGAUACUGUUAGUGAUGCAGGAACUUAUACUUUAGAUGCUGAUAAUUAUUCUGAGGAUCAGAAAGCAAGAAUGAGUAUUGAUAGAGAUUUUAAUAUUGAGCAUGUAUCAGUACAGAAGAAGACUGAAGAAUAUAUAGAAAGUUUAUCUAAACCAGCAUAUAAACAAAUAAAAACUGAUAUGGAAAAGAUUGAUCCUCCAAAAGAUCUCGAUAUACUAACACAUUCUUCUAGAAGAAGAAAAGAACAUUUGAACCUAUUGAAACAAGUCAAAAAAGCAUCUUCCCCAAUAAUGUCCCCUACAGAAAACUUUUCAGUCACUCAGGAUAUUGAAAAAUGUCAAAAUGUCGGCAAUAGUGACUUCAAUCAAACAUUUACAAAAACAUCAACUCCAAGCUCAAAUGAAAAAUGUACUGAAGUAGAUAAAUCCCAUGAUCAAGGUUCAAUUAUCUCAGUAACAUCUAGUGGUGCUUUUAAAGCUAAAUGUCACAAGAAGCCCAAUUUCAAUUUGACAAAAUCUGAGGUACAAGUGCAGGCUUAUAUUGAUAAUAAAGCUUGUAGUAAUAACUCUAACAUAAAAGAGAGUGUAAAAGUUACUCAAAGUUAACAGCAAGUAUUAUCAAUGUUCAAAGUAUAGAAGUUAAAAGUACAUUAGAUAAUGACUGUUUAUGUGCUAAUCUAGUUCUGGGAAAAUUAUCUGAUUCACCAAAGUGUACUUCACCAGUAACAACAUUACCACCUAUGGUAGGAGGAAAAACAUCCCCAACAAAGAUUCCAUCCCCUAUACAUACUUUGUCUCACCCUAGAAGUAGAAAUAGCAUUAGUACAUUAGGUGCAGAAUUUUCUGACCAUAGCUUGGAUACAGACUUGAUCCUUAAGCCUACUCAAAACUAUAUAAAUUCAUUACAACAGCGCUUAUCAUUAGAUAGUGAUCCUGAUAGUGAUUAUGAUGUAAAAUAUGGUUUACAGCUAAAUAACACAGCACAUUUACUUAAACAGAAAACUUCACACAUAAGGCAUAACUCACUUGAUGAUAGAACCAUGAAUAAACUAGAACAUUUCCAAAAUAAGAACUUCAUGGGUAUUGAUCAAACAUACACAAACUUGUUCAAUCAAUAUUCCCACAAUAAGGUUAUGCAUAAAAUCCAGAAUUCACCAAACAAUUCGCCAAUAAGGCGCUCUAGUAGCUUCUCCACAAAGAACCAAUUUGAUUUACCAAAGAGUACUAACAUUCAAAAGAUAUCCAAUAUGACUUACUCACCUGCAAUUCAGAGAAAUGCUUCAGUUCAAAGAAGUUCUUCUACAGCAUGCAUGAAGCCUAACUAUAGAACUAAUCAAGCAACUAGUAUUACCAAUCAUACAAAAAUUGAUCGUAACCAAUUUGGAGAUACUGAAUCUAGUUCAGAGGAGGAUUUUGAUAAGAACAUUCAGAAGAAGAAGGACUUAUCAAAUACAUCAAGUACAAGGUCUAAUAGAGCAUUCAGUUUGAGAAGAGCUCAUGCAGAUGGUGAGAAUGCUCAGUUGAAUUACCUCAAUACCCCUCAAAUGAAACGAAAAGUCUUCCAACCUGAAAUGAAACAAGAGCGAGCUAUUUCCGUAGAUAGAAAACCAAUGAAAACUAAUGAGGUGCAGAGCAGAUACAUGUUAAACAUAAGCAAAAGAUCGACACCUCCGCCGCAAGCGAAAACGGAGGUGAAGAGUAGCACGACGAAAACACCACAGAGACCACAGAGUUUCACGCGAACAGACGCCAGCAGAUCCAGCAUGCGAACGAUUAAACCGACAACUACCACAACAGGUGGACCUGCUAAGACUAACAAGAAGCAAGGCAAAAAAUCAAAUAGUAGUACAAGUGGCGGAGGACCUCGCAGCAACUCCUCGCUUUCCAGCCGCGAAGUGGAAUUCCAAAAUUGGAAGAGACGGAAAAGCUACGACCCCAUGAAGGCAGCGGCAGAGGGCAAACGCCGCGAAGCGGCUGCACGAAAAUCUGUCCAACAGGACGUCCAAAACGGUUUACCUGGCAGGGAUAGUCAAAGUCAAGAAAGCUCACCCAGUCAUUCCGGUUCAGUGCAUAGGUCCCAGAUGUGAUAUUUGCUCCACCACAAUUGAUGAGGCUAUACUUCAGUGACUUUGCACUAACGUUUAUGAGCUUCCAUGGGACUGCAGCUCUGGAGCAACUGAUCAGCUCUGAAGAAGAGGAUUUGACUUUGUCUGCAGAUGAGGGCUUCAGCCCACCAACGCCUAGUCCGUGCGAGCUUAGCCCAGCAAGAGCGUCCCUAAGGAACGUAAUCUGGGAACGAAUACGACAUUAAUCAUGCAAAUAAGUCAAUAUUAUCGAACUUUUAUACGCAGGAACAAGGUUUGUGCACGGGAUACAUUCAUUCUAUCAGACUCCAGAUUAGUUUUAAAACAUUUGUCAUUUUGACUAUUAUAUUCUCUUUGGUCGCAUUCAUUACGAGUUGCUACUGAUGCGUUCAUUAGAGCUUUAUGGACAAUCACUUUACCGUACAUGCAAAAGCUAACAUUAACUUUGACAUACAAGUCAUUGAGCACUUAAAUGCUGAACAAUUUUUACUUGGGUUCAAAUGUUGGUUGUCAUUUCUCAUUCCCCUCAACCAAUUCCUACCUGUAUCGCAGCUCAGACCCUGUAGCUGACUUCUUGUGACUGACGUUUAAAACUCAUAAUUUGUCAAAUGAUCGCAGAAUUUAACUCCUUUGAGAGUGAGUGUAACAAUAGUGAUUUUAAAAUAAACGGAGAUUUUCCAAAGAACAAGAUAAGUGUGAUAUGGUUUCAAGAAGAAUAUGACUUACAUAGGAAAUUGAAAGGAAAUACCAAAUUUGACAAUUUCGUUCGUUGAACCGCUGCAAACCUAUAUCCAUUUACUACAGUAACAUAUUUGACUAAUAAAUAAUAAUAUUCUUAAUAAUUAAUGUAUUACUAUUAAGUAUGCAGGUUAUUAUCAAGUUCCGUUAUAGAUAAAUACUCUUAUAUGUUUGUUAGGAGUAGAACACUUUUCAAACAUAACUUGCUUGAGUUCUGCCAUGCUGAUGUUAAUUGUUGCUAUAUAGUUAGUAUACUUAAAAAUGGCAAAAAUGAUAAAAUUCUUGAAUCAUACAUAUUUGUGUUACCGAAAAACUAAAUGAGGGAAAAUGAAAAAUGGCCAAAAAGUAGGUGCUUAUUCACAUCCAUACACCACUGACGUCGUAAUGUGUACGAGAGAGAAGCGUGCAAUUCGUUUUUAGAAGCUACUCGUUGGCUAGCAACCCGAGUGACGAGGCCAUGGAUGCAACUGCGGCUUGCCGCGUUGCCACCGGCGCACUCUUUCUAACAUACAUUUUUCACGCUACUCGGUCUUCUAUCUCGUACACAUUACGACGUCAGCCAAAUUUGAACCUCACCGUAAACGUAAAAAUCCGUACACGUUCCACAAGUGAAACGGCGGGAAUGGAAGCUAGUGUCACAUAAGGUUAACGUUAAAGUUUACUUUUGCGAUGAGUAUCUAUCUUGUCUUUACGGCACUAGUAGGGCUACAUAAUGAUGAACGCGACCCUUAAUUUCCUGCAAAACUCAGUUGUACAAUGAGAAGAGUGUGAUUUGUCGUUUAUUUUCACGUUUUCAUAAAGUAAUACUUUUAGUGUAAACAUCUUUAUUUGAUUCUUAACUAUAUAAUAGGUUUUUCCAAGAUGACUAUCGAAGCCAAUUGGGUGCUUGUGUUAAACCUUUUGCUUUUUGAUUACAAUAUGGACCUCUAACGUCAUAUCAAAAGCAGAAUACCACAAUAAUUGUAAUUCGCAUUUUUGUUUGUAUCUGGUUGUACCUGCAAAACCAAUGUUUUCUGCGAAGUUUCAUAAACAAAACUGCAAAUAAGAUAUGCCCAUAUUACUGUAUAUUUAACAUAGUAGUGCCGUAUUAACAUGACAAAAGGUAGAGAUACGUGUGAAUAUCAACAGAGAGAUUAUUUAUAGCACUUAUGUUAUCACUAAUAUGUUGUACUGAAAUUAAACGAAAAGUAGGCUGUUAUGGGUAAUAAUCAGAAAAUUUGCCGAUCUGAAAAUAAAUGAAUAAGCUUAAAUGUGUAAUAUUUGUCCCAUUAUAUGUAUUUCUAAUUAUUAUGUUAUAAGAUGGAGCAUUAAUGAACUAGGUAUCUAUAAAGCGUCUGAAGAUUGCAGAGUGUUGUAGGCAUAUUUUCAAAGUAACAUUUUUAUUCAAAGCUGUCAUAUAUGAAACAUGAAAUAAAACAGCAUUACAGACUUUUUGUCACUGCCAUGUUAAACCAUGUUGGUUAACUACAUAUAGAAGUGUGGUCAUCCCUGUCCAAGACCUACGACUUUGCUCAGUUUCAGCCCUCUAAGUGCAAUCAUAUUUAAAGAGCGCGAAAACCGUCCUGAUUCACUUACGUUAAUAACCAUCUAUUAUACUCGUCCGUAGGCGCUUUUAAGAUCGAUUGUGUAUUGAUAAUCUAUCAUGUGAUUAACGUUGCCGUUUUGUAUUGUUUUCCACGUUCAAUCCAAACAUGCUUGUAUUAUUGUGACAGUACUGUGAUACAGUUAUUAGCAAAAUUGAUUUCUUAUUUAGACGUUUGAAGACAGGUAAUUUCAACAAGAACGACAUCCUUGAGCAGUAGUGUCUAACCACAGUAUUUUUGUCGAAGUGCGAAGUAAAUUAAUAGCCUAAUAUCCGACACUGCUAAUCGAACAAACUUGCAGAAAUGUGUUAUUGGUAUCUGUUGCUUUAAAAGUAAAAAAAAAGUUAAAUGAAUCAGCUGAUGUAACCUUUAUAUAUUUAGAAUCGACCAUACUGUUUUUGACUCUAAACAUACCAAUCACCAGUCAAAGAUUGGUUCUGAACUUUUGCAUUGAAGAUGAGCAAUCAUCUUUUCAGCUGUGGUAGAAAUAGGCACAAGCUCUGUCUCAGUGAAGUUGGCCCAACUAUCAAAACUGUUUUUUUAUGAAAUUUGUUAUAUAACAGGAAACGUAUUAAAAACUAAAAUGUAUUUCUAACAUACGAUAUUUCUAUUUAAUAUUAGCCUAGCAGCAAAUCACCACCGCGUUACAGUUGGCAGUCAUCUGGUGUAAAACUGUUCCAAAUUUUUUGGAGACGGGGUCGCAGUUCUGGAACGGUUCUUGCUGGAUUCGAUCGGAGUUUUUUCUUCAUCAUAAGCCACAAGGUUUCAAUCGGUGAUAGAUCAGGAUCACCCGACGUCCAUUUAUUGUUUCCUAACAUCCAAUCUUUUACUUUUUUAGCCGUAUGGCAAGCGGCACCAUCUUGUUGCAAGAUACAUUCAUUAUUGUUUAAACGCAUUUGUUCAGUUUGGGGUAUUAAGUUAUUUUGAGACACAUCAGCAAUCAUAAUAAACGCUUCUUCUUUCGUUCUUAUGACUCGACUCCUACUAUCACCAAAGUAUACUUCAAAUCUGGCUUCAUCAGUCCAAAUAAUGGAGUCCCAUUGGCUUAGAGAUCAUAAUUUGUGUUCUUUGGCCCAAGCUAGUCUGUUUUUCUUCUGAAUAUUUUUCAGUAAGUGCUUCUCUUUUGCCUAGAACUACUGAAUUAAAAACGAAUAAUAAAAAAAUAAUUUAAGCUAAUCUUGUAAGUUUUAAAUCCCAGUUUUUGGGCAGCUCUGUGACAAGUUGCUCUUGAAAACUUCUUUGUGGUUGCCUGAUUCCAUAACAUUUUCAAUUCGUUAUAAUUAGCACGCCGAUUUUUCCUUGAUAAUUCGUUUUAAGGCUCUUAAGUUGGUAUUGGAAUAAUGCGGGCGACUUCCAGUUCUGGGUCUUUGAGCCACAGAUCCCGUGAUUUUGUACAAUUUAAUAAUAUUUCGAAUGUACACAUCGAUUUGUUAUACACUGUCAGCGAUUUGGGAAGCAUUUUCGCCUUUUAAUUGCAAGUGAAUGAUCACUUUUUUCAUUUCGUCAGAAACAGCUUUACCACGAGCUAUUUCUAAUUGUUAACUACAACACGAAUUCAUUGAAAGUUGAUUUAAACAUCAAAAAUCAGCCUCUUAGCAACGUAAAAUGUUAUCAUUUGUUUUACAAAACCUACCUUUAUUUUAUCGAAGCGAAUAAACAGACCAUUCAACUUCAGUUGUCUCCAUCAUGUAUUUUGCUAUACACAAAUCAUUUUGCAGAGAAGACAAUUUCGUAAUGAAAACGCUUUGAAAUAGCUGCGUCUGUUUUGUUAUCGUCCCAUAAACAUUUAAAGAAACUAAAAAUAUUAUAUUUGAAAUAUAAUUUUAAGUAGCCCUCAAAUAAAUUCACAAAUAUGUUUUGGGGCGUUGGGCCAACUUCACUGACACAGGGCUCGUAUUCAUUAAGUGUUGGUAUGUUUUGUGUUUGGCUCUCUCAGCUUUUCCAUUAUCGUUUUUUCGAUUAAUAACCGUAAGAAUGAACGUCACAGAUCUUUCAAAAAUUCGAAAUACUAACAUCACAUCGAUCUGUUUUUUCAAUUUAAACGUUGCUGCAAGUUAAAAAUAGAAUAAUCUUCCGUCAUACGGCACAAACAUGAUAUGAUUGAAAUGUCUGGAUAUGUGGUAACAUCUUUUAGUUAGACUUUACCGUCAUAGAAGUUGUUUUUUUACAUGUCACACCACAAUCUAGAAUAUUUUUAUUCGUAAAACAACUGUUUUCAGCAUAUUAUUUAGCUAACAGUUUUUUUUUCAAGAGUAUCCAUUACCUUUGGACGUCUACUGAGGUGAACGCUUGAUAAAAAAGUGACAACUUUGUAUUAAAUGCAGAAAUAAUGUUCCAAGAGACUUUGAUGUUGUGAAGUAAUAAAUCAGGUGUGAAUCAGGUAAAACUCAGGAUCAACUCCAGAUCUGUGUAUACCUAACAUAGUUAAAAAGCGUUUAUCUUGUUUUAUUCCUACCUGACUUGAAAUAUAGUCAUGAUCAUUAGCAUUCAUCUUGCUUGUAGCAUUUUUUCUUGUGUGAAUGAAUGAAUCAUGAAAUUUGAGGCAUUCCGACCACCAUGAGGAGCCAGGGCAUAGGCCGCUUAAACGGACCCUUAUGAACCUCUACAUUCCUUAGACAUCAAGCCUCGCUUUUCUAGCGAAGUUGAGUAUGGCCUUGAGUUCAAGCUCCUUGACGUCUUGAGGAUCCAAAGUAAUGGACCCCAGUAUAGUCUGCCUGUAGUAGCUCAGAGCAGAACGACACAGAACGUGCACCGAGGUCUCUUCCUCUACCUCGCAGCGCUCUCAAGGGAUCCUCAGCCAACCCCAUCACGUGCAGGUGGCGCUUUAACGUGUUAUGGCCAGACACAGUCCCACCUGCAACCUUAGGUUGGCGUUGGCGUUAUCCAAACAUAAGCAGAAAAGUCCAUUCUUAGAGCUAGGCCCUACAAUGAGUUCCCGUGCCUGACGGAGAUUUCUGGAGAUACUUCCCCAUUUCUGAGAGUGGUGUCUUGUAAUCCACUUCUCCAUUUUCCCCCUAACUCUUUGCGCUUCUUGUGUGCUAAGUAACUUUUUGUUAGUAAGUAUGAAUCCAUCGCGUACAAAAGACCGCAACAAAAUACUCUAGCGUUGAUAGAUUCGUCAGAUAUGUGGUAUUUUCAAAUGUCAAGAUAAUCAGCUGUUAUUUCUCUCGUUUGACGUAAUGGAUUCUCGUGAGAAAGACUAUAUAUUCCAUAUACUAUACAUCACCCCAUAUUAGUUUGUCCAUUCGCGUUAUAUGUUAAAUUUUAUAGUUAUUUGAGUUUGAUCAGUUUGUUCAACACUAUUUUUCUUGUUUUUACUAUUUUGUAUUCAACAAACUCUUCAAACCUAAAAACUACACAAUUGCUGUUAUUUUUUCUCAGUGAAUGUAGUGUAGUUUAAAAUCAUGAGUUUAAAAAGAAUUAUCACGUUUCCUUGGCGUUAAAUUUGUACAAAGUAUAUAUUACCUAUUUUUAACAGAAUGUGAUUUUACAAUCUGAGAUUAAAUAUGUGCAAAUACUUUAGAAUGUUAGAUUUAGUUGAAUCUGUUAGGCUUGUUAUUUAACAUUUAUUAUUGAUCAUUUUUAUGUGGUUUGUUUUUGAGCAACACUAUUAAAUUUGACAGUAAUCUUGUAUUGAUUAUAAAUAUAUAUGAACUAUUUUCUAUGUGAAUCUGUUUUACUAUAUUUGCUUUAUAAAUGCAUUCAAAUUUUAAUAGACUAAUUUGUCCACAAAAGAAACCCUUAUACACGUUUAAGAUAAAUCAUUAAGACACCUUGGAAACCAAAUCCGCAUGGUGGCAACACAAGUACCAAAUGCUCACUGUUCUGCGAACACGCUAUCCAUCAUGGUGCGAUAAAGCAACGUUGCCUGAACGAUCUAUAUAUGUUUGUGUCGACAAAAAAAUAUUCGACGGGUCAAUCCAGCAGUCUUCUGUUGUUUCUUCAGGUAGAACCACUGGCCUAGCGUUAAUCUGAUAACGUGCUUCCGAUACUCUCACAUCCCUUGUCGAGCCGGUAGGUCGAAAAUGUUACUUGACCAAGUUUGUUUGUUUGUUUUAAGAUUUAUUUAGCAUGAUUGCUACAAUUGCAUUCUUUUAAAAAAGUAGAACAAUUCCGUAACAUACAGAUAUUUAUAAAAACAAAAUUUACAUCUAUAAGAAUUUUCACUGUUCAUGAAAUAUUCCUUAAAUUUACUUUUAAACAUCUUUAAAUUACAAGUAGGCUUUAUAUCAUUAUUUAGUUUAUUAAAUUCAAGUAAUCCUUUAUGAAAUAUUUAUUUGCU